UUUUUAACAGCUACUAACACCCUUCAUUUGCUCUGAGAAAUGCGUUAGCUCUCUUAGUCCCGAUUUAACUAACUAAAACUUGUGGGUAACUAACACUCGAAUCAUACACAUUUAGGUACUUACUGCUGGCAAUGAUCUGAGUGCCUAAUUUGAGGGGAGCAGAAACACUCUCUGCAGUCUUUUUAGGAACAGGUUUUAGGACUUCUGUGUAUCGCCGGUCGUGACUGCUCUUUGUAGAGUUUGUUGCUGCUCACCUUAAAUCCAUCCUUAAUCUUUGAUCCUUCAGAGACAGCCCACUGUCUUAUCCCUGACGUCUAAUCUAAUACCAAUGUCUGGUCGAGGGGCUACCUUGGACAAGUCUCCAGAGCUCCUUCCAAAUUUUGACUAAAGAAGAAGAAGAAUGUUUGUGCUGUCGAGUUGCGGGAGGUCCGGUAAUAGUUGAUUUAUUUGUUAUAAUAAAUUUAAAUUGUGAAAUCUUCAAAGUUACCAUCACUGCAUCACACCCUAUAUGCCUUUAAAAGCUGUGUUCAUUCCUAUUGAGUGCGUGGCUGCGUCUUCACCCCAGGCCGCAGGGCAGCGCAGUAUGGCAGCCUUGUUUAGAACGCUGCUUGGGGUGACUAGGAGCCCACUGCGGAAAAUGGCAACCCAGAAGCAGGCAUGUGAUAUCCAGCGCAAGCUUGAGAAUGGCACUUACUCUCUGAUGCUAGAACCUCUUGUUCUUGCGGUUGACUACUCGAACCAGGUUUAUUUACACAAGGAUGGACUAAACCAAGAUUUUAUAAGACAUCUCCAAGGGCUGGAUGAUUGGCCAGAGGAAAGUUAUCCAACCCAGAAGUUGAAGUCAUCCAGUUUCGGGGACUAUGAGUUUAACCUGGGAAUUAUCCCCUCGAGAUAUUUUGAGUCCAGGGAGAAGCUGGACUCCCUGUACUCUCAGCAGUGGCAAUAUGAAGAACCGUUUCAUCUGGACGAGGGAGUGGAGACUGUGGAAAAAAUUUCAUUUCAGAAGGCCUUGGAACUUCUGACUAUGACGAUCUCCUGUAACAUGGAUUUUUAUUUGGCAAAUCACGAGGAAAUGGAAAAGGAUUUAGGUCGAAAAUUGGGUAAUUUUGAUCGAGAUGACGAGAAAUUAGUGAAAGGUUUGGAAGAGGAGCUGUUUUAUAACCAAGUUAUUAAGAUGAUCGGAGAAAGCGAGGAUGAUGACCGGGCAACCUUUACAGUGAUGCUCAAAGACUUCAGGAAGUUGUUAGAUGAUGGAAAUAGCACGUUCGCUACAGCAAAACACGGAGAAUAUUAUCUAUUUUUUCACCAUCUUACAUCAUAGCUAGCCUAAGUUGUGCAUAAACUUUGUUUUCUACCUCAAGAGGACGUUUGCUUCUAGUAAAUUUGGUGUGUAUAGCUAAGGUGCUAAACAUUUAGUGCUGUGAAUAUAGUCAAGGUCCUAAACAU